AUGUUCAUAAAGACUCCUCAAACUGAUGAUAUCACUGUUAAACCAACUUCUUCAACAGGUUUAAUCGAAAAAAAGGUCCAGAAACCAUGGAUGUUGACCCACCAACCGCUUACCACUGCCAAAGGAAAACAAAAAGAGGAAAACUUAUCAGUUAAACAAACAAACAAAACUUUUGAUAAUGAUAAGGCCUAUAACGAAUACCG